AGCUAGGUAAAAUUCUGACGUUUGUAUUCACCACGAAAAAUGUAAAAUUUUUACUUUGAUCUGUCAAAAUUUCCUCUUCUAUUAAUUGGCACAGGCCCUUACAAUAAGGAUUAGUAAGGAAAAUGUGAGAGGACGGUGAUUUUUGUAGAAGUAUUAGUGAAUUUCAGUACAUUAUAGAACCCGCUAAAAAAUCGACUCAACUCCCUUGUUCUUGCGCGAUCUUGUGUCGUUCGUCCAUGGGAAAGAGUCAUGAACCAAAAAUCACGAGUUUCGUUUUCCCCGAACCGGUUCACUUUUAAUUUUUGUUUUCCGUGUAUUUACUAUGGGCGGAUUUAAAAUUUUCAGGUGAUUUUUUUUUCGGUUCAAUUUCAAGAUACGGCAGAAUAGCUUUUUGUUUUCUUUCCUUCUCGCGUGAUAUUGUGUCUUUCGUUUAUGGGAAAGAGUAGCAGUAACAGCUGAUUUUAGUCGUGUUUAAUGAGCUGCUCUAGGUUACGCCAGGUUAAGAUAUCUCACAAAAUUGUGUUUCAUGAGGGUAUUUCCUGCUUUAACUUGCUCUUCUUUCUGUUUCAUGAGCCUGCGCUAAGUGUAACUGGAGCCACUUAGAGCACGAUUUUUUGCCCCAGCUUUUUUGAUGCAAUAACUUAGAGCACGAUUUUCUGCACCAGCUUUUUUGAUGGAGUAACUUAGAACAAUCAACUGUUUUGAGAAUUUCUGCCUGAAAAGUGUUGCAUGAGAUUUCUUAUCUGAGUUGCUUUAACUUGAUCAAUUUUUUUUUCUCUGUUUCUUUUCGAUUUCGAUUUUAAUAAACAGUACUUUUAAAAACGACACUGCCACUGCGCUCUUGUAGUUUGGGCUUUACGCAGAAAUGCUGAAUGCAAUGCCACCCUGCAGGACCGAUUUUAGGAAUGUCAUCCAAAGCAUAAAAGCAAAAGAAUUUCGGAAACAGUGGGUAAAGGAAAAAAAGUAAAUUUAAGGUCUGCCGUUUAGUGAAAAUUAUAAAAAUUGUUCAGAAAAGCGAUAUUAUAUAUAGAAAUGUACUGUCAAUAAUGAGGCGUUUACCAGACGUGAAAGCAACAAAAAAUUAAAUAUAGAUUUCUCGGCACCAUAUGAAAUGCCAUAAUGUUGACGAUGACACCAUACGAAUAAAGAAAACAAUCCAUUUUACGCGACGGUAAGUUCUAUCAUUACUUAUCUCAUACAAAGCAGAGGCUAGCGACAAAAAACAGCGAACCAAAUAGAUUUAACCUAAAGUACAGUCGCUGACGCAGAGGGCGGACGCAGUAAUUGUGCGGCAGUUUGCAACACGCCCGCCCACUAAGCACCUCAAUACCGUAGCGAUACAACGGAAACCACCAACACAACAGAACAACCACAAGUAAUAAGGCAACAAUAUUUAAUAUACCAAGCAUUAAUAUUCAAACAACGCACAUAUUUACACAUUGGAUGUGAGGACGGUGACAUUAGCCAGAGGAAGAGUGAUAAUAAUAACAAUCGUACAAUAAGUAAUUAACACAAAAUAUGGCUAGCAUAUCCGACCGGAAACGAAAUACGUUUUUAAGUUACGUUGCACCCUCUCCGGGAGAUAUUCCUAGACAAGAGGGCAGCGAUGAUUGGCUUCCAACAGAGCUGCGUGACCUUCAUUUAGCUAAACCGCGUUUGUUACCCAAUGAACUUGUUGUAGCAUCAGCACCUGCAUACCUUUUUUCUGCGAUAAUGCCUGCGCCUACUGAGGGCAGUGAACUCGAUAUGUCGCGACAAGCGGUAUUUGGCUUGCUAAGUGUCACGAAUUUUAAAAUGGCAUUUGUCCCCCUACAGCGCCAACAGCAAGAAACUCUUCCACAGGAAUCAUACCAGGAACACUUAUAUCUCCAACGCAACGAUGUGACACUCAAUAAUAUUGACUACGUUUACCAGUUAGCGGAGGGUGGUAGAGUAAGCGUACGAGCACUCAGCGGCGGUAACAAACGCAAAAAACUCGACGCACAGCAAAAAGUAAUGAGUAGCCGCAUCACAGCACUUCAUAUUAUUUGCAAGAACUUUCGACUCCUCAAAUUCGCCUUCCAGCAGUCGAGGUCUGGUUCUGAUUAUGGUAAACUUAUUGCUUCGGCGCUGGCGCGAUUCGCCUAUCCAUCACGCCAUGAUCUGAGUUUCGCAUACUGUUACCGUGAGCCAUAUUAUUCCAUGUUGGGCAAAUCUAGCGUGACCAUGUACAGCACAAAAAACGAUUGGGCACGAGAAUUAAUUCGAUGUGGGGCCAAUGAGUGGCAGGUUGUGAGUGCCGAAAAUGUGCCCCAAUUGCAAAAUUUAUUACAAGCACCAAAGUAUACGCUGCCUCCUCACUUUGUCAUCCCUAAAUGCUGCACAGUUGACAGAUUUCUAGACCUAUCCCGAGCAUUCUACGACUCACGGGCGGCUUUUUGGGUAUUUGGUUAUGGUAACGCAUCGUUAGUCCGUUUGGCCGAAUUGAAGCCUGCGAUGCAGCAAGACACUAAAGUCGAGAACGUGACACUUGAGUUGGUAAGAAAAUGUGAUGAACGACGCACACUUAAACUGCUGCAGUUGACAGAUCGUCUUCCUAGUAUCCAAGAUGUGCAAAGAGCAUAUCUGAAGUUUCGACGCCUAUGUACGCCCGAAAGUCCGCAAGAGUUUCUAAUGCAAGAUUCCAAAUUUUUAACAAAUUUAGAGAAGUCGAAUUGGAUUUUUUAUGUGUCACUGUGCCUGAGAUACUCAUGUGAGGCUGCUGAAUCACUGCGAUCAGGAACGACAUGCGUAUUGCAGGAGACCAAUGGCAGAGAUUUGUGCUGUGUUGUGUCAAGCCUGACCCAAAUAAUAUUAGAUCCCUUAUAUCGGACAAUUGAUGGAUUCCAAUCACUGGUGCAAAAGGAGUGGAUCGCAUUGGAGCAUCCCUUUCAGACCCGAUUGGGUCACGUUCGUGGGGAUGCCGCGGAAGAGGAGGAAAGUCCCGUCUUUUUGCUGUUUUUAGACUGCGUGUGGCAACUGCUGCAACAGUAUCCAGACGAAUUUGAGUACAGCCAAACGUAUCUAACGACCCUGUGGGACGCGUGCUUUCUGCCUAUUUUUGACACGUUUCAAUUCGAUACAGAAGCAGAUCGGGCGCGUGCCGUGCGAAUUGGUAAUCUGGUGUUGCGUCCUGUUUGGGAUUGGGGAGAGCAGUUUGCGGAGAAGGACAAAGUUUUCUUUACAAACCCUUUCUAUCAACGCCAGCGCCAGGAGCAACACAACCGUCGUUCGAUAGCGAUACCGGCGGGUGCUAUAAUGCUACCGGGACUCGCACAAAUACCAUCAAUUAGACAGGGACAGCAGCAACGUUUUACCACAAUUAAUCCGCAAUUGUUUGUGACCUCGUCCACUAUACCAAAGGAUCGUUACUUGGAGCCACAACACAGCAUGGCCGAUUUGGCAAUAUGGGAACAGUGUUACUAUCGAUGGAUGCCUAUUCUGGAAAUCAAACACGGUGGAUUUCCACAGAUUGAUCUAAAUCAUCGUCUCCUUUUAAGCAACAUCGCUAAGUUACAACGUUGCUUAGAACUUCAGGACUUUGAUGAUCUGCCAGACAUUUACUACGAACGCACUGGUGAAAAGCGGCCACCCGUAGAUAACGCUGUUAAAAGACGCAACAGCAUUGAAAUGAUCGAUGGCGUGGAACGGCGUCGAAAGACUUCUCUGCCGGCCACAUUGAAUGGAGUGAACAGCAGUGUGUUGCUGCCAGAAAUUUCCUCAUUUUUCCCUUUCAGUAUAAAUACCGGUGAAUCCGAGCAAUUGAUCGAUAUUCUUACGAAUAGCAAUGAAUUCCUGUUGGAAGGCUCAUUUAUGGAACGGUUGUCAAUCGCAUAGCGUAAAAAGCGGGAUAACUAUGAAUCUGAAGCAGCUGAAAUGGAUUAGAAUAACAAGCGAAACUCGAAAGUGCCAGUUGGUUUUUUUUUGUUCAUUACAAACGUGAAACGCCUUUAAUUUCGAAACUCGUUGGAGACAAUUCGCUAAAUUCCAUAAUUGAAGAAUUUUUUUUUUUAAAUUUACUUCACCUUAUACGGGAACGUUGUAGUAUUAUUAAUAUCUUUUGCUAUUUUAAUUUUCAAAUGAGAUAUUUGAGUUUUUAUUUAGAAAAAAA